UGUUCGGAAAGGGAACGCGGCGGAGCCAAUAGGAGCGGAGCGGAGCUGGGUCGGGUUGUGCCGGGGCUGGGUAAACAGGCUCGCGGCGCUCGUAGUGGUGCGGAGCCGGGUGCUGCAGAUGUGGCUGGCGGAGAGCGCGACGCCGGGCCGGCAUUGUUCGUCUGAGGAUCUUCAAGCACUCAAUGAACAUCUAGCUUCACAUCUCCCCUGUAAGGAAAGUGUGGCCAAUGGGAGCUGUGGAGGCGGUGCAUGUGAGUGGAGGCAGUCCACGGAGCUACCUUCUGCACCUCUACCUGGGAGACAGCAGGGAGCAGGUCACUGCUUCCAGGGAGCCACACAGAGCCAGGCACUAUAUGAGAGACUGAUGAUCACAUUCAUGAACAGUUCAGACAGCGAAGAGGAAGCCUGCAAUGAGAGAACAUCACUGAUAUCAGCAGAGAGCCCUCCUGCAGUCUCCUACCAGGAUGGGCUGCAAGCACCAGAAGCAGCAGAGACGCAGAUGUACAGGAAGAGGCAUACUGGUGGCAGUUGUAGCCCUAGUGAUGCUGACAGCGGUAAUUCUGACUCAGGACUUCCAGUAAGAGACAUUGCUGUGGACAAUAAGGAGGAGGAACUGACCCUGAAAUAUGGAGCAAAGCAUGUGAUCAUGCUCUUUGUGCCGGUCACGCUGUGUAUGAUUGUUGUCGUUGCCACCAUAAAGUCAGUGCGCUUCUACACUGAGAAAAAUGGGCAGUUGAUCUACACCCCUUUUAGUGAAGAUACACCUUCCGUGGGCCAGCGUCUCCUGAACUCCGUGCUGAAUACCAUCAUAAUGAUCAGUGUUAUCAUUGUGAUGACAGUGUUCCUAGUUGUGCUGUAUAAAUAUCGUUGUUACAAGUUUAUCCAUGGUUGGCUGAUUCUUUCAUCACUGAUGCUGCUGUUCCUUUUCACCUACAUCUAUCUAGGCGAAGUGCUGAAGACCUACAACGUGGCUAUGGAUUACCCCACCUUGUUCUUUGUCAUCUGGAAUUUUGGAGCUGUUGGGAUGAUUUGUAUCCACUGGAAGGGUCCCUUGCACCUCCAGCAGGCCUAUCUCAUUAUGAUCAGUGCGCUGAUGGCAUUGGUUUUCAUUAAAUAUCUACCCGAAUGGUCAGCAUGGGUCAUUCUAGGAGCCAUUUCCAUUUAUGAUCUGAUCGCUGUGCUGUGUCCCAGAGGGCCAUUGAGAAUGCUGGUAGAAACUGCACAGGAGAGAAAUGAACCUAUAUUUCCUGCAUUAAUAUAUUCUUCUGCUAUGGUGUGGACAGUAGCAAUGGCAAAGCAAGUCACAGCAUCAAGGGACCUUACUCAGCAGACGUGGGAUUCAGCUGAAGACAUGAGAGAGAUCAAUGACAAUCCUGCAUACGUGGAGUCCGAAAUCUCCGAGGCCAGGAGUCCAGCUCCAACCCAUCCAACCACUUCCUUAUUAGAGGAGCUGGAAGAGGAGGAAAGGGGUGUCAAGCUAGGCCUUGGAGACUUCAUAUUUUACAGUGUGCUUGUAGGGAAAGCCGCUGCCACUGCUAGCGGAGACUGGAAUACAACACUGGCCUGCUUUGUAGCCAUCCUUAUAGGUUUAUGUCUGACUCUUUUAUUGCUGGCUGUGUUCAAGAAAGCAUUGCCUGCUCUUCCCAUCUCCAUCACCUUUGGCUUGGUAUUCUACUUCUCAACAGACAACCUUGUGCGUCCUUUCAUGGACACCUUGGCAUCCCACCAGUUGUAUAUUUAAAGGUGAAGAAGAAAGAUUAAGUUGGAAGGUGUGUGGGUUUUUUUUUUAAAAGCCUUGCUGUGAAGUAUGGCAUUUUAAAUGAGGAAGUUGUAUAGUUUUACACUUAGUGCCAUAUAUUUUUAAGAAAACUUUUUAAAACUAUCAUGAGAUACUUAGUAAAAUCUAGUAGCUAACAUCUAGGGCUUUUUCAAGGGAGUUAGGUACCCAACUUCCUGUGAAUUUCAAGAGGAGUUGGGUACCUAACUCACUUGGGCUCCUUGAAAACCCAGCUUUGGCAUUGGUACCUGAGCAGUACCUGAAUGCACUUGAUCUAAAUAUCGCCUGGUGUAAAUAGAAAGAGUCUGUAUAUAGUACAGGCUGACCUAGAGAUGAAGAACCUUACAUGUGCAUGUAGGGGAAGCCUAGGACCUGUGUUUAAGCUUUGACUUGAAGUUGCAAAGAGGGUUAAUUGUAUUCCAAUACUUUGCACAGCACUUUGAAAGUGAAAAGUGCUAACACUAAUUACAAGUAAGUCACAGAAUCAUAACUGGACAAGUGAGGUGGUCAGCAUAUAUACAGGAGAGUAAACUAAUGUAAUUGGCUGAGUGUUAGAAAUGAAGACUGCUAUUCCCACAGGGAUGUUUCCAACACUUUGGGCCCAAUUCUGGAAGCCUCACUGAAAUCCAGAUCUGGUCCUUUGUCUAAAAAAAUUGCUCAUUACCCUAAUGGGAUGUGGCAAAUGAAGUCUUGCUUUGUAAUGAGAUGUCCUUGGGUCAGAUCUAAAAGCAUGAGCCUGUACUGGCUGAGCUAAACGCUGAAAGGCUGUGUACAAACUCAUAAACCUCUAAGCCACUCUGGAAGUGAGUUACAUUUUCCUAUCUUUUUCUGGCAGUUAAAGUGUUGGGAAACAUCUUCUUUGUUCACCAUUACAAACCUAGGAUGACCAAAAAGGUUGGAAAUGUGACAGAACUUCAGUUAAACUAAUUGACCUAUAGCUUCUUCUGUGUAUACUUGGUCUGAUUCCUAUGUGUAAUGUAAUCACUAUAGGGAGAACUGUUACCUCUCCUUUAUAAAGAGAUUCUUACACUGAUCUAGGCUUGACCUAUUUAAUUUUUUUUGUAUUGCUUAAAUACUUUUUAUGACAAGCUUAAAAAAACUAUAUAAAUAUUUAAUGUAAGAGUGACUAUUUUGGAAAUACAUUGCUACAGUUUGUAUCAAAAUGUGGAUGCGACUUUUUUUUUUGAUCUGCAGUCUGUUCUAAAUAAGGCAUGAUU